AUGAAUGAACCAUGCUAUGAAGAAGUCCAGGAUUUCUAUACAUCUGACCUCAAGAAACCUUCACUGAAGGAAGUGAAUGCUUGGCCACAGGCAAGAACGUGUGGCAGCAGCUCUGGCAUUUCUUUUCCUUGCCCACAUGUGUGUAUUUGCCUCUUCUUGUUUUGCCUGACGGGAACUCUGCUGGGACAUCCUCAGUGUCUGGAUUAUGGGCCGCCUUUCCCUCCCCCUUUGCCCUUGGAGUUCUGCUCUACCUAUGAAAACUUUGGCUGCUGUAACCAGGAGAGAGAGAACAGCAUUGCAGCAAAAUACUGGGACAUCAUGAAUUACAUGGAUCCCCAGGGGCAUAAACUGUGUGGAACAUACAUCAAAGAUACCCUGUGUCAGGAAUAUUCUCUGUAUGCUGCACAUCUCUACGAUGCAGAAAACCCACAGACCCCUCUGAGAAGUCUUACAGGACUUUGUAUUGACUACUUCUCUGAGUUUCACCUCCACUGCUUCUCUGCCAUCCACCUGCUGACCAGUGACAAACACAUCCAGGAGUGCUGCGAGAUGAACAGGACCCAUUUCUGCCCCCUCCUGCAGCUCCAGGAUGAGAAUUACUGCUUCCCCCAGGUGCUGCAGAACUUGGCCCUGAGCCGCAGCCUAGGCUCAGUGCUGGAGGAACGUGCAGGCUGUGUCCUGCUGUGCCUGGCUGAGGUUGCCAGUGGCCUGAGAAACCUAGUGCUGAUGGCCCAAUCUGCUGACCAAACCCACUGCGCCUUUGUAGCCGAGCAGCUGGGCCUCGUCUGGGUUUCCCUACCCAAUGGCAGCCAGCUGGAUUUGCCAUUCCUGGACAUUCAGAGCAUAGUGCUGGCUACCCUGUGGCUGGGGCAUAAAAGGGGCGGAGCAUUCCUGGGGAUGGCUUUCCACCCCAAGCACAAGGACAAUGGGAAGUUUUAUAUCUGUCACUCAUACAUGGCUAAGAACCGAGCGGAAAAGAUCAGAUUCAGUGAAUUUAAGGUUUUGGCAUCUGAUGCCAACAAAGCUGACCCAAGCUCUGAAAGGUAA